AUGAAUUUCACUUACCGCUAUGGAGUUCAUCGACCUCUUCAUGCCUGGAACCACAGCCAUGGACUACAUCACAGUGAUCUGAAUAGAUCAAUGGAAAAAGGCUACUCUUCAGAAGGGUGUUAUGAGCAACUUUUUGUCUCGCCGGAAGUAUUUGUGACCUUAGGCUUUGUCAGUUUGCUCGAGAACGUGCUGGUGAUCGCAGCUAUAGCCAAGAACAAGAAUUUGCACUCCCCGAUGUACUUCUUCAUUUGCAGCUUAGCAGUGGCCGACCUGCUGGUGAGCAUUUCCAAUGGAUCAGAAACCAUCGUCAUCACCUGGCUAAACAAUACAGAGGUCGACACACACAGUUUUACCGUUAGCAUUGACAAUAUCAUUGACUCGGUGAUUUGCAGCUCUCUCCUGGCCUCCAUUUGCAGUCUGCUUUCUAUAGCUGUGGACAGGUAUUUCACAAUCUUCUAUGCUCUCCAGUACCACAACAUCAUGACAGGGAGGCGUGUCGGUAUCAUCAUCACCUGCAUCUGGGCUGCUUGCAUAGUUUCAGGUGUCCUGUUCAUUAUUUAUUCUGACAGCAGUGUUGUCAUCAUUUGCCUCAUCACCAUGUUCUUCACCAUGUUAGUCCUCAUGGCAUCUCUCUAUGUCCACAUGUUCAUGCUAGCCCGGCUGCACAUGAAAAAGAUUGCAAUACUCCCAGGCACUGGCCCAAUCCGCCAAGGGGCCAAUAUGAAGGGCGCCAUUACUCUGACCAUCUUGAUUGGAGUCUUUGUAGUGUGCUGGGCCCCACUCUUCCUCCACCUGCUUUUCUACAUUUCAUGCCCUCAUAAUCCUUACUGUAUCUGUUUUAUGUCUCAUUUUCACCUGUACCUCAUUCUAAUCAUGUGUAAUUCCAUCAUCGAUCCGCUUAUCUAUGCUUUCCGAAGCCAAGAGCUGAGGAAAACCUUCAGAGAGAUUAUGUGCUGCUGUAGCCUGAGAGAGUCAUGUGAUUUCUCAGGAAAAUAUUGA